CGCCACUGUUCUACUGUGAUACUAUAUUAUUUACAUACUUUGUUACUUUUAAUUACCGUGGUGAAUCAUAAACAACGUAAUUAAUGCAUUAUUGAUUAUAACUAGUACCUAGCAACCAAAAUAAUUAAUUUAUGUAAACCAGUGCGUUACCCUUAACAACAAGGUGAAUAUGAUUGACGUUCUUUACUAGUUUCAAAAUGUCUUCAACAGAAAUACUGUUUGCCAAAAAAGCGCUAAAUAAAGCAAAAACUGCACAAACCGUAUACGAAAAAACAAAGACUGAAACAAGAGAAAGAAAAAGGAAUAUUUUGUACCUAAUACAUAGCUACUUAACGGAGCAAAAAUUAUUUGAUAGUGCAGAAACUUUACAAGAAGAAGCUCAAUUAAAUACUGAAUACCAGGUAUGCGAGAAUGUAGAUUUGGAUAUCAUUCUUCAAGAAUAUAAUAGCUAUUAUUUUACCAAAUUUCAAAAGUAUCCAAAAAUUGUUAAGAAAAUGGAAGAACCUGUAUCAAUUAAUAGUAGCGCUAAACUUAAAAGAAAAACGAGUCCUAGAAGCAAAACAGUACAAAUAGAAGAUAAAGAGGCUUCUACCAAAAAUCCGCUUGAAAAUUUCCAAUUUGAAAUCAAAUCGCUUACAGAAAACGCAAAAACAGAAACAUCAGAAUCUAAAGAAAUUAGAGAAACAGAAUUUGUCGAUUACGUUUUAGAUUCUUACCCAUCAGACUGGAAAGAUAUGGCUGAUCAAAUAAAGAAAGAAUUUAUCACUCGCGGUGCCAACACAUUCUGGAGCGACUGCAUAGGCCUUUCUAAUGUUGCAGAAAAACUUAAAGAAGCUGUAGUUUACCCCCAAUUAUACCCUGAUUUAUUCAUAAACGUGGCAACAUGGAAAGGAGUACUCUUAUUUGGACCCCCGGGUACUGGCAAAACUCUACUAGCUAAAGCUUUGGCUUCAGAGGGUACUACAUUUAUAAACGUCACCAGUAGUACUUUUAUAAGCAAGUGGAGAGGGGAAAGUGAAAAACUGAUUAAAAUUCUGUUCCAAUUAGCAAGAAAUUAUGCUCCUACUACGAUUUUUAUUGAUGAAGUAGACGCUUUAGCUUCAGCGAACGAUAUAUCAAACCAUGAAGCAUCAAGAAGAUUUAAAAGCGAACUUUUAACUCAAAUAGAUGGUAUGCAAAACUCCAAAUCUAACAUUUUCGUUCUGGGAAGUACCAAUUCGCCCUGGAAUUUAGAUCCAGCAAUAUUGCGUCGUUUCGAAAAGAGAAUAUUAGUACCACUUCCGGAUGAGGUGUCUAGACAGCAAUUGAUACAGAAAUAUUUGGCCCAACCCAAUAAUAUCGAGGAAAAGGAAUUACAACAUCUGGCGAAAGUGACGGAUAAAUUUUCUGGGUCCGAUAUUAAGGCUUUGUGUAAGGAAGUCACUAUGAUUAUGAUAAGGGAAAAAAUUAGGGAAAUCAAUGUGAACGGGAGUAAUAAGACUCAUAUGAAUUUGAGAACUGUCAAUUUCAAAGAUGUGGAGCGGGCUUUGGAAAAAAUUAGAACAAGCGUUAAAGAUAGUGAUUGUACUAAAUAUCUUGAGUGGAAUAAAACAUAUGGGUCUUGGUGAAAACAAUGGUAUUUAUUUUUGUAAGCCUCCUACAUACGAUUUGUAGAUAAUAAUACAGUGUGUUCCAAAAGUACUUCAAUAAACAUUUAGAUAGUUAUUUUAAGACUUAAUAAAUGCAUAAAAUAAUAAAUGCAUAAAAUAAUAAAUUUCCAAAUUAUUUUUAAUUUUUAUGAGACUGGAAUUUAAAAAUAAUUUUAAAAAUAACCUAUCGCAAGUUAAUCGUUUUCCACUACAUGAGGCUCGGACUAUUUUGUCAUUAUUUGUAAUUUUAGAAUAAUUGUUUAAACAUAUAUUUCUCAAGAUGCGGCAUGUUUUCAUAAAUAAGCUAAGCAAUGUCUUAUCACAAAGGGAG